AUGGAUUAUAAAAAUAAUAAUAAUAAUCAACAACAACAACAACAAGAUAAUAAUAAUAAUGAUAAUGAUAUUGCAAUUAUUGGAAUGGGAUGUAGAUUACCAGGUGGAUCUAAAACUCCACAAGAAUUUUGGAAUCAAUUAGUCAAUGGAUUGGAUGGUAUUUCUCAACUGAAUCCGAAAGAGAGAUGGUCGAAAUCAUAUGUAGACCAGGGAUACAUUGCAACUGAUCGAUCGGGCUUCCUCGAUUACAAGACAUGGACAGACUUCGACAAAAACUUUUUUGGUAUUCUUCCAAAGGACGCUGCUGCCAUGGACCCACAAGUACGCGUCGCUUUGAUGGUACUCUGGGAAGCUUUAGAAGAUGCUCAUAUUGAUCCCAUUUCUAUACUUGGGAGUCCUACAUCCACAUUUAUCGGUCAAAUGUUUGAUGCAGUCAGUACAAUGCAAACACACAACAUGACGACGAUGAGCAAUAUCCUCAAGAUGGGAAGAUCGGGUACUUCUAUCAAAUGUUCCUACUGCUUUGAUUUCCGCGGAUCGUCGUUGUCUAUCGAUACGGCCUGUUCGUCAUCCCUUAUCGGUGUUCUCAUGGCCGUCGACACUAUUCGCAAAGGUGACAGUGAUAUUGCCAUUGCCGGUGGAAUGAACGCAUUCUUUGACCCAAUCAAUCACAUUUCAUUCACAUCUGCUGGAAUGUUGGGUAAAAGUGGUAAAUGUGCUUCAUUUGAUUCUUCAGCUGAUGGUUAUUGUCGUAGUGAAGGAGUUGCAAUGAUAGUAUUAAAGAAAUUAUCACGUGCUAUUGAAGAUGGAGAUGAUAUAUAUUGUGUGAUUAAAGGCGGUAGUUAUAAUGUAGAUGGUAAUUUUGAAAAGUCAUCACCUACUUCACCGUCGAGUGAAGCUCAACAAGUCAAUACAAAGAGAGCACUCUAUGAAACUGGGUUGUCUCCAUCUGACAUUUAUUAUAUUGAGUGCCAUGGUACUGGGACUCCUACAGGUGACCCAAUAGAGAUCAAAGCACUUGGUAAUGUAUUUAAAGGGUCACAUUCAACACAAGACCCUCUUCGUAUUGGAUCGGUCAAGAGUAAUAUCGGUCACACGGAAAGCACUGCUGGGGUGGCUGCACUCAUCAAAUGUGCCAUGAUGUUAAAGAAUAGAAUGUUGGUUAAAAACAUUCAUUUCAAUCAACUCAAUCCAAAGAUUGAUCUCCUCAACGGUGAAAUUAAAAUUGUACUGGAAAAUGAACCAUUCCCAGAUUAUGAUGAAAAUAGAAUCAUUCGAAUGGGAAUUAAUUCAUUUGGUAUUACAGGUUCAAAUUCACAUAUUAUUAUUCAAGAAUAUAAAAAUAAUAAUAAUAAUCAAAGAAAUCAUUCAAUUGAACCAAAACAACAAGAUGAAUAUUUAAUACCAUUAUCAACAAAUAGUAAAAAAUCAAUGGAUUUAUAUAUUGAUAUGAUCAAGAAUAAUACUGGUUGUUUUGGAAAUAUUUUAACAUUUAAAGAAUUUGUUUUACAUCAAUCUUUAAAAGCCAACCAACCAGCUUAUAAAAAGGUGAUUGUUGCAAAAGAUUGGGACUCUUUUAUCAAUUCAACAAAGAUCUAUGAUAAACCAUUAUCGUAUGCUUCCAACAUUGGACAAUUUGGUAAUCGUCCGUCGUCAAAGGUGGUAAUGGUAUUUUGUGGUCAAGGUGCACAGUGGAACGGAAUGGGAAAGGAAUUAUACGACCACUUUCAAGUAUUCCGCGAUACAGUCAACCUAGUCGAUCAACUACUCUCACAACACUACAAUUAUUCAAUCCUUGGUAAAUUAUGUGAAUCCGGUAGUGAUAGUGGUCAAACCAUUCACCAUCCAAUUCUAGCUCAACCAUCAACAUUUAUCAUUCAAGUUGCAUUGGUUAAAUUAUAUCAAUAUUUUGGAAUUAAUCCAUCAAUCGUUGUUGGUCAUAGUUUUGGAGAUGUAACGGCAGCAUGGUGUUCAGGAAUUGUAUCAUUGGAAGAAGCAGCAAGAAUUGUUUAUCUCAGAAGUGAAGCUCAAAAUGCAACAAUUGGAAGUGGUAGAAUGUUAUCUGUAUCAUUGUCACAUGAUAAAUUCAAUGAGAGAUUCCAACAACAAUUUGAUGAUAUGGAAGUUGCAUGUUACAAUGCUGAAGAUUCAAUUGUAUUGGCUGGUGAUGAAAAACAACUCAGAUUAUUAGAUCAACAACUUAAAGCUGACAAUAUAUUUAGUGCAUUCCUUGGUACACCAUGUGCAUUCCAUUCAUCACAACAAGAAUCAACAAAGGAAUUCAUUUUCAAGAAGUUGAAUAAUAAUAUUAAAUAUGAAUGCGAUAAACCAACGAUACCAUACUUCUCAACAACGACAUCACGAUUAAUAGAAUCAUCAUCAGAAUUUAAUGCACAAUCAAUUUUUGAUAAUCUCAGACAACCAGUAUUAUUCCAACAAGCAAUUAAUAAUAUAAUUAGUUUCACAAAUAAUAAUAAUAAUCAAGAGUAUAUUUAUUUAGAGAUUGCACCACAUUCAACAUUGUCGUUCUAUUUAAAGACAUUAUUAUCACAACAAAAAUCAGCAACCAUCCUCUCACCAUUAAAUAGAAAAAAGGAUGAAGUCGAAUCAAUUCAAUCAUGUUUGGCAAGUCUUUACUUCGCUGGUGCAAAUGUUUGUUUUAGAAACCAAGUAGUAUCUUCUUCUUCUUCUUCUUCAAGCGAGUUGGGAUACGAUUGGAAACAUCGUGCUAGAAACCUUCCAAGAUAUCAAUGGGAUACGGAAUACCUUUGGGAGGAGCAGCCUGAAUUCCAGGUACAACGAUUGGGUGGCGUCCCUACCAACCUGCUUGGGUUCCGCGACCAUCCAUCUCUCAACACGUAUGAAUGUGCAAUCGAUAUUGGAAGACCAUCAUAUCAAUAUUUAAAAGGACACAAAGUAAAAGGAAAGUACUUGUUCCCAGGUGCCGGAUACAUUGAAAACAUUAUCAAUGCAUUCUCGGGCAAGGAUAUUCAUAUUCAUCGACUCGAAUUUAUCAGUCCAUUCUUUUUGGUUGAAGGUGUACAAGGUAAAUUAAAAUCAACGUUUACUACUAUUGGUCACGGUUCAACAUCGAAUGAUUAUAAUGUCAUGUUUCAAUACUUUGAUACCAAGUCGUCUCAAUGGAUCAAAUCGGCAAUUGGAAGAAUCACAGUGACUGAAGAAGCUAGCUCAGUCGACUGCGACGAACAACAUUAUGACAAUGUCGAGUUGUUACAACAGCAGUAUACAUUUGCCACAAUGAAUCAUACCGAUGUAUAUGAUAAACUGAUCAAGGUUGGACUUCCAUACGGCGAGACUUUCCAACGUGUGCAACAAGUCAGAUUCAAUCAACACGGAGACUCAAUGACCCAAGUUGACAGUUCACCUAGAGACCAAUUUCAAGCCAACAACACCAUUUUAAAUGCAUCUGUACUCGACUGCAUUCUCCACGCCAACCUAGUUAGUUUUAAAGGUGAACAUCCAAGUUGCGAGAUUGUAUUUGACAGAAUCCACGAUAUGACAAUCUAUGCCAAAAACAUUCCUCUUCAAAACAUGAUAGCUGGUCAGUCAUCAUCAUUAUACAGCGUGUCACGUAGUAGUGGUCAAAGAGGAAACGAGUUUAGAGGAUCGAGUGAUAUUAUCGACUGCAAUGGCACGGUUAUUGCUACGUGCGGGUCUGUAGUAUGUCGAUCUUUGACUAAAAUACUCAAGGUUCACACAGCAAAGGAUCCAUCAAGAUACAUCUACAAAACAGAGUUACAACCUAAAAACUCACCAUCCCUCCCUGUACAUGUUGUUGAUGUUGUUAUCGGUGACAUUUCAACCUACUUGGAAUCAUUUGUAAAGGCGUCGGUUCAGUCUUCACACAAGGUCAUUCGGAUCUUGGACACUUUGUCAAACGACAUGAACUCUGCUGAAUUGAUAGGUAACCUCAAUCAUUUUAUCUCAGAGUCUGUUCCUGGUGCCAGCUCAUUGGUGGUUGAUUACCACAUUGUAUCAGAUGAUCAGGAAGAAAUGGUAUUAGUGCCUUACCUCAUGCAUGCCAAAGGUGGUGCCAGAGUUACUCAUCUCCAUGGUGUAUCUACUACCACCACCACAUCGUCACUUUUAGAACAAGGGUUAUUACCAUGUAGCUAUGACCUUAUUCUGUCAAAUGAUAGUAUAGUCGAUGCCAACGACCUUGUACAUCAACUACACAGACUAUUGAAUCCAAAUGGUCAGAUUUUAGUUACCAUCGACACAAUAGACAACUCUGGUUCAUUAAUGACUAGUCUUGAAUCAUCACAAUUCGAGGUGAUCAAUAACACAUCCCUUUUAAUUUGUCGUAAACAAUCUAUUCAAGAAACAAUCAACAAUAAUAAUAAUAUUAAUAAUCAAUUGGAUAGUAUUAUAUUUAUUACUUCCUCUUCUUCAUCCUCAUCAUCGUCCUCUUCAAUACAACAACGAUUAAUUGAACAAGCAAAUAAUCUAAUGAUGAUUGGUAAUAUGCGUGAAAAUGUAACAUUAUUCUCAUCAGAUAAUUUAAUCAAUGAUGAUGAUAAUAAUCAAUUUAAACUAUUAUUAGAAUCAAUCAAACAAAAACGAUCAUUAAUUAUUUAUUUGGAAUCAUUGGAAGAAAUGACAAGUGAUAAUUUGGUGGUCAAGACAAUGCAACAUUUAAAGAUACAUCAAAUCAUUAGAAAGGCACAAAUAGAGGUUAGAAUGUUGACGUUGAUUGAUAGUCCACUCAAUGAAUGUUUAAUACCAAAUUGUAGAGAGUACCAAGAUCAAGGGUCCGUUGGAUUGUUUGAAUUUGACAGUAUCCCCAUUUCAAUGGACAAGGAGGUAUCUGGUAUUGUCAACCUCGAUCAACUGUUGGCAUUGUCCAAUUCAUCGUUGUUGGGUGACAAGGAAUUCACUUUGGUUGUUGAAAACAACAACAAGAAGAAGGACCUUCAAGUCAUGGUUGAAAGAGAAUUUAAAUCACCAUUAUCAAUUGAUCAAGAUGAAAGAUUUACAAUCAAGAAUGACAUUGAUCUCAAAGUAUCAUUUGAAAAGGAUUACAAGUACCAUCUCAGAGGUCGGUGCGAGUCAUUGUCCGAGUUUCAAGUCGAAGUCAAGGUGAAAGCAUCGUCACUCAAUAUUCGUGACACAAUGAUUCUCAAUGGGUCGAUUAAACAAGACUUGUUUGGUAGUGGUGGAAGAGGAUGUGACUCUUACAAUCCUCCUCUUGGACAAGACCUGGCUGGCAUAGUUUCAAGGGUAGGAAACAAAGUUACAAAGUUCAAGGUUGGUGAUGAAGUGUACACUGUCUCUGAAACUGGGUCUCUGUCAUCACAUGUUAUAGUAGAUGAAAAGAGAUUACUUGGUAAACCUGUAGAAAUGACAUUUGUACAAGCUGCUUCAUUCCCAUCGGUAUUUGGAAUUGCCUAUUGUGCCUUAUUUAAAAAGGCAAGUCUCCAAGAUACAGACUCGAUUCUCAUUCAUAGUGCUGCCGGAGCUGUAGGGUUGGCUAUCCUCAACUUGUUGAAAUGCAGUAAUCACCAAGGAAAGGUGUUUGUGACGUGCUCGCCACACAACCCAGAUAAAUCGGCAUUCCUCAACAAACAUUAUGGCAGUCUUAUCACAUCGGUCCUCUCGUCUACUACUGACUUUACAAAAAAGAUUAAGCAAUUGACCGAUGGCAAAGGUGUACAAGUGAUCAUAAACACAUUGGAUCGUUCAAAGAUGCAAUGUAAUCUACGGUGUUUGUCAAGCAGUGGUGUAGUUGUAGAUUUAACAAUCGUGGACCGACUCGACAUGGAUGCAUUUAACCAACAACAAAGUUACCAUUCUCUCCACAAUAUUUCAUUCAAUUUGAGAGAUUGUUUGGAAAUACAGUCAUUGUUGACGAGCAAGAAAUUGAAUUGGACAUACUGUACAGUGUAUUCAUGUCAAGAUAUUCAUCAAGCAUUGGAAUUGGUUCAAUCUAGAAAGAGUAUUGGAAAGGUAGUCAUUGACUUUGAAAAUGUUGAUCGUGAUUUAAUACAACCAAUGUGGACUGAACAACAACACAAGAAACCAAUUGAUCGAGUCAAUUAUACUCUGGAAGGAAUACAAGAUACACUUUUAAUCACUGGACAGACUGGUAUGUCGGUUGAAUGUCUCCAAUACGUAAUCAAACACUCACCACAAUUAAGAGAUAUCAUUGUCUUGUCAUUCUCUGCACCAAAGUAUGAAAUACAGUUAUUGAUGAAUCAAACCAAGAUGAAGAAUCAUGAUGGAUCAUCAACGCUUGCCAUUCAUUAUAUUAAGUGUGAUGUUGGAAACUACAGUGCACUCGAAUCGAGUAUUGUCGAACUUUACAAGACCAACACUGCUAUCAAACCAGUCAAGACUGUCAUACAUACGGCAAACUUUUAUCAUGUCCUUGGUGCCGACUCUAUUAAUUUGGAAAAUCAUAACGAAGCAAUGUCUGCCAAAGCAGUUGGAGCUUAUAAUUUACACAACUUGUUUGUCAAGUUGGGAUGGCAACUAUGCCACUUUCAAAUGUUGUCGUCUGUUGCCACACUCAUCUCCAAGGGUAACACUAGCUACGGUGUCGGUAAUGCGUUCUUGGACGGACUCGCCAAACACCGUCGACAAUGUGGGUUGGCUGCAACAAGUAUUAAUUGGGGAUCGAUUGGUUCAACUGGUAAAGUAUCUUUGGACAAGGGUGCACGUACCAACCUAGGAUCACUUGGAUUGUCAAUGCUCCCUCUAUCGGUGGUGUAUGGUGUUCUAAGAUCGUCGUUUAUCAGCCAAGACACCCCAUUCACCCAACUCCGAUGUUUUGAUGCCAACCUCAAACAUUUUGUUUCAGCCAUACCCUACCUCAAAUACCGGUUCACUCCACUCGUCACAUUUGACUCAACUAGUGCCACCAAACAAAAUAACCAAGGUGUUGGUGGUAACGACACAAUUGAAAGCAUGGUGAUUGAUCAAAUAUCUGACAUCCUCUCCAUUCAAAAAUCACUCAUCAACACUGACACCAAACUCAAAGAGUAUGGUGUAGACAGCAUGGUAGCCAUCCAAAUUAAAUCAUGGAUAGAAGGUCAAUUCAACAAACUAAAUCUAUUCAACCAAUCACAAAUAUCAAAUAGUUCAAUCAAUAUGAUUAUUGAUUUAAUUAAAAAAUAG